AUGGCAGAGCACUCCUUCGACUCUAGUCUCUUUUCCCACACCAUGAACAUGUCGACCAUCACAGCAGCCCCCCUCGCCGCGCCACCACCAGCACCAGCACCAGCACCCGCAUCAGCAUCGGCAUCCCCCGCCGCACUAGCCACACUAGCCACAGCCGACACCAUGAUGCCCACCACCAUCAAGAUGGAGAUGAUUGAGAACAUGGACCACUCGCCCUCGCCCCCCCAGCGCGCCGCCUCCAAGUCGUCGGAGCCCUCACACACACCGGCCCCCGAGAGCAGUGCCUCGAAGCCGGUCAAGAAGAGGAAGUCGUGGGGCCAGGUCCUGCCCGAGCCCAAGACCAGCCUGCCUCCCCGCAAGCGCGCCAAGACCGAGGACGAGAAAGAGCAGCGCCGCAUCGAGCGCGUCAAGCGGAAUCGUCUCGCCGCACACAACUCGCGCGAGCGCAAGCGACAGGAGUACGAGGUGCUCCAGAACGAGAAGGACGAGCUCGAGGCCAGCAUGAGGGCCUACAAGGAGAAGAUGGCCCAGAUGGAGGCCGAGCUCCGCUACUACCGCACAAAGUACCCUGGCGAGGCGCCCACAUCAACCGCCUUUGACCUGUCGACGCCCUCACACGACUCGUUCGACACCAUCUGCCCCGCGCAGAUCCCAACAUCCUUCCCCAGCCCCGAAUCCAUGGACUCGAUGGACUCACCCCGUGACUCCUCGUGCCAGCCCGAGACGCCCCCGUCAAGCUUUGAGGCUACCCCCGAAUUCGACUCGACACAAUACUCUGCCGCGGUAUUGUGCGACCUGCAGUGUCACCUCUCUACGGGCGAUCUGGGCCUACCUUUCUCUAUUCAACCUUUCGCACCCGUCGAUGACAAGCCUGUCGUCAUGGAAAACUUCUUCGACUUUGACCAGUUCCCCAAGUGUAGCCCCACGACGAGCACACCCAUGGAACCCGCUUUUAGCAUGGUUGAUUCUUCUUCGGUCGAUGUCUUUGGCUCUACCCUCUUCGACCACAACGCUUACUCCAACUCUUAUGGCUUUCUUGACGGCUUUGAUGCAAAGUUCCACGACUUGCAGAGUGCUUCUGGCGCAACUUCGGUUAGCGACGAGGCCCUCGCAGCGGGACAGCUUUAG